AAUCUGUCGUUCUGCCCCUGAACAGGCAGUUAACCCACUGUUCCCAGGCCGUCAUUGAAAAUAAGAAUAUGUUCUUAACUGACUUGCCUGGUUAAAUAAAGGUAAAAAAAAAAAAAAAAAAAACGAUGUAAAGAAAAAAGUAUUUAAUAAGAAUAUUUCAUUCAUUCAGAUCUAGGAUGUGUUAUUUUAGUGUUCCCUUUUUUUUGAGCAGUGUAUUUUACCGAGUUAAUGUAAGGAAAUCAAUCAAUUGAAAUUAAUUAAUUCGGUCCUAAUCUAUCUUUCACAUGACUGGGCAGGGGUGCAGCCAUGGGUGGGCCUGGAGGGCAUAGACCCACCCACUGGGGAGCCAGGCCCAGCCAAUCAGAAUUAUUUAUUUUUUUACCCACAAAAGGGCUUUAUUAAAGAAAGAAAUUACUACUCAGUUUCAUCAGCUGUCCGAGUGACUGGUCUCAGACAAUCCUACAGGUGUAGAAGCCGGAUGUGGAGGUCCUAGGUGGUAACACGUGGUCUGCGGUUGUGAUAACAGAAUUAUGUUCUCCAGGUACAUAACCCAAUUCAAUUGUAAUUACUCAGUCUGCUAUAUCAGGAUUUGUAAGAUACUGAUAGAAAUGAAAACAGACGGAGGCCCAGUCUACCACAGUUAAAUGUUUAUUCACGGGAACAUUCUAAAGUCAAGAAUACAAAACAAUUCAUUUUAUACUGACUUCUCACGCCCACACAUACACACAAACAUACGCACACACACAUGUCCUGCUACGCACACACUGUGUGUCUCACUACCCAGCCAACAGAGAUAGUGACCUUGUCCUUGAGACGUACUCCCCAUUCUCUAUUGUCCUGAGCACAAGGUGCACCUGUGUAAUGAUGUUGUUUAAUCAGCUUCUUGAUAUGCCACACCUGUCAGGUGGAUGGAUUAUCUUGGCAAAGGAGAAAUGUUCACUAACAGGGAUGUAAACAAAUUUGUGCGCAAUGAGAGAAAUAAGCAUUUUGUGCGUAUGGAAGAAUUCGGGGAUCUUUUAUUUCAGCUCAUGAAACAUGGGACCAAGACUUUAUAUGUUGCGUUUAUAUUUUUGUUCAGAAUGUAAUUCCUUUUGGAAUCCUGCCAGCUUUAGGACAUCCGACAGUUGGAAUUGUUUAAUCACCUGCAAUAAAUCUAACUGAUUGGAUUAGUUUAGAAAAAUAGGUUAUUUAUCUUUGUAGCAUAAGAUUAAUCAAUCAAUCAAUGUGCAUUCAAAAACACACAUUUAAGAACAAUCUUUAACAUUUCCACCUGCAGUAGAGCAUGCUGAUAAUGGUGGAUGUGGUUUUGAUGGGUACGUUAUACUCUCCACAGAGUAAAACUGACACUCUCACACUCAACACUGGUUAUUAACACCAACACUGGGGUUAUUUUACACCACUGAGUGUUAAUUUCAUAUUUACAAAGUUGAUAUAACUCCGGAGUCGACAAUAGAGAUGUUUAUACUGAAAAAUAAACACUAAGUAACAUUGGACAAUAUUCUGUUUGGAGGAAAAUAAUGGUCUUGAACAUCUAGGGAUGUCAUUAACAUGUCUUCCAGUAAACCACCAAAUCCCACAUGGCAGGCAAUCUGAUUUAACAGUGUAACAGUCUGAUUUACUACAGGGAUAAUAAGGAUGGACAGACAUUUCAUACCCAAAGCAUUAACCACCCACGCAUGGUGUUGAAUGGGGAGGCACCACUAAAUGGAUGGAAUACACACAUUGAGCCAUAAAAGCUUGCUUGGACAGAGAGUCAAACUGACUCACCAUGUCCUUUCCCCAGAUACCCCUCCCCUCUCAAGCUUCCUAGAAUGAUUUCAUUGUGUAUUUGUGUGUGCAUGUAACCAGUGUCCCAGUGCUUCCUUAGCAGAUUUGCUUUCUCGACUCAACUUGCCUCUCGACUGGGCUUGAACUAAGGUCACCUGUCUCACAAACACUUUCCAUUACAUGUACAUUGUUUUUGCGUGCUUUGACAGACAUCACACAAACGCCUUCAUGGUUUUUAGUCCUUCAGUGUAACAUCCUUUUAGAGGGGGUAUUUCCUUUAACAUUCUCCUCAGAACAGCAGGCCUAGGGUCAGAGGUCACAGCUUUUAUUGCCCUCACCUUGUAUAUCAGAAAUCUGCUGACACGUUUUCCCUGUUGCAAUAAGGAAGUUCAACAAAAUAAGUUGGUACGGGGAACAAAGGAAAUUGCUGAGUAAACACCGAGAGGUACACAGGGGUUUGAAAAGGUGAGUGAAACAAAUACAAGAUAAACAUCUGUUUGACCUGAGAGAGAUAAGGGAUGAGAACUAACUUUGUUACUUUCUAACAAGCACUGUUUUAAUUUAUUCGCACCAAAGAAAACAAGUGAAAGACAAACCCGUACAGAUAAACUGGUUAAAAUGGUGUGCAGGUGAAGUUGGAAACCCAAAAGGGCUUAUAUGAAAACCACACCACAAAAAACAAUAUACAAAUAAAGCUUGUUCAAUCAGUUAAACAGAGAAUGCCAAUUAUAAAUAUACAUGAUAUACUCAGUAUACUUAACAAGAAACAAGCACUGGUGUCUAUCAUUGUGCAAGCUUUAUUGUAAUGUAAAAAAUCAAGUUGCAGCAGAAACUUGUGCUUGAAAGAAAAAGUGUAUACUCUUUACGGUUGCUGUCAGUUUAAACUGAAAAUAAAAUGCUGUUUUGAAACUACAGAAUGCACUCUGUAAAACUGACAAUUUAAUUGUUAUAGAUGUUUAGGUGGCAACAUUAUUUCAGGGCUUAUAGAAGACAACAAUAGAGGGCAGCAGUAUUUGAACUGGGUAUGGCAGGAUCUGAAAUAGCCUAACGUAGCUGUGGAAUAAUAGUAAGAUGAGAAGUCUUAGAGAAUCUUGUGGUUUGUGGCGAGAUAUACUGUAGCUACUAUGUACUGGGUAAAUUGGUUUGUGGAUGUAAAACUUCCAUAUCACUGUCUUUCCUGAUGCAGACACCAGUAAUGACUGUAGAAUUUCAAGAUGCUUCUUCCAUUAUUUUCUAAAACUCAGUUGCAGUCUUGGUUAGGGUGACAGUCUUUUGAAAAUGCUGAGUAUCUCCUCAACCCCUGAUUCUGCCCACUCAGCACAGUUCUCUCCUGAAAGCACUGUUAAAGGUCAACCUCCCCUUAGAACCAACUUCUGAUUUUGUGGCAUCGAUAAGAGUCAGAAACAUAAAUUCCAGUGUAAGAAUUGACUACAAAGUCCGUCUCGUCCAAAGCUGAGCUUUGUGAGUUAGGAUCAUGCCCACUGGCACAGUGCCAACUAACACGAGAGAAGCAGCUGUGCUGAUUGUGCUCUAUUCAAUCAUAGCAAUCAGAUCCUCCAGACAGUGAGACAGACCUGCCCAUUACGCAGUGCCUCAGAUUUGGUUACAUAAGACUAUACGUCGCCUAUGUUAAAAUAAUAAUAAAAUAAGCCCUUUAUGGAAUGGCCACUUGCUGAUGUGUGUGAUGGCGUCAAUCACUCGAGUCUGCCACUCUUUGGGGCAAAAUUUGAAUUGUGACGAUCAGAGCAACUUGCCCAAAUUGAGAUAUAUCCCAAAUUGUCAACAUUCCAAAACCUAUUCAUGAGUAUCUUGUGUGUGUGUGUGUGUGUGUCCCGACCUGUCUUGUAACAAUUCCCUAUGAAACAUAGCCAGACAGAUGCACACACUGGUAAUAGAUAGUGAGAAAAACUCGAACGGCACUGAAGCACACAACGUCACCACUCACCAGUGUCUUGAUAAGCUGAUCGUGACCUGGCUGCUCAAUGUCCCUGCUACCUAUUACUUGUCAUCUUUAUUAACAAACACAGUGUAGCAGCAAGCAGGCAUGGAUUCAGUGAUGACAGAUGAACAGUACAACUUUGUAGAUUGUGAUUGACAAUCAAUCGUAGUAGUUGCAUGGAUGAGUUUAAGUGUAAAUGAUUUAUGUGACUGAGGACUUAUUUAAUGACACAAUGCUUAAAGGGCCAAAUUAUUCAUGUUUAUAUAUACCGUGAGCUCCUAAAGUAUUGGGACAGUGACAUUUUGUUUUGGCUCUGCACUUUGGAUUUGAAAUGAUACAACGACUACGAGGUUGAAGUGCAGACUGUCAGCUUUAAUGAGGGUGUUUCCAUCCAUAUCGGGUGAACCGUUUUAGAAAUUACAGCACUUUUUGUACAUAGUCCCUUCAUUUUAGUGGACUAAAAGUAUUGGGACAAAUUCACUUAUGUGUAUUAAAGUAGUCAGAAGUUUAGUAUUUGGUCCCAUAUUCCUAGCAUGCAAUGAUUAUAUCAAGCUUGUGAUUUUACAAACUUGUUGGAUGUUUGUUUUGGUUGUGUUUCAGAUUAUUUUGUGCCCAAUAGAAAUGAAUGGUAAAGUAUUGUCAUUUUGGAGUCACUUUUAUUGUAAAUAAGAAUAUCAUGUUUCUAAACACUUCUACAUUAAUGUGGAUGCUACCAUGAUUACCUAUAGUCCUGAAUGAAUUGUGACUAAUGAUGACUGAGUUAGAUGCACAAACAGUUAGAUGCAAAGUUAGAUGCACAAAUAUCAAACCACCAAGGCAUGCUAACCUCUCACCAUUACAAUAACAGGGGAGGUUAGCAUUUGGGGCGGGUAUGAUAUUUGUGCAUCUUUAACUUUCUCACGUAUUAUUCAGGAUUCAUUCAGGACUAUCCGUAAUCAUGUUAGCAUCCACAUUAUUGUGGAGGUGUUUAGAAACAUGAUAUUCUUAUUUACAAUAAAAAUGACACUACAUUAUUUGCCAUUAAUUACCCAAUACUUUUGGUCCCCUAAAAUGGGGGGGGGGGGACUGACUAUGUACAGAAAGUGCUGUAAUUUCUAAAUGCUUCACCCGAUAUGGAUGAACAUACCCUCAAAUGAAAGCUGACAGUCUGCUGUGUCACUGUCCCAAUGCUUUUGGGGCGCACUGUAUAAUUGUUUUUUAUGGAUGGUUUAUUAUGAGUUGACAUGAUCAUUAGAAAUUAUUCAGGGCUCACUUAAUCUCAGAGUGAAAAAUAAACCUUGGACUCCAUAUGUUCCAUGCCUAAUCUUGCAACUGUUGAAAAGUGUGUUGGAUCUGUUUUGGUUCCCUGACCUCCCUGAUUAAGGUGACAUUGACCUUCAGUGACCUCUGACCCUCACCUUUCUAUGAUAGAUUUUGGCUCUUGCUCACAACUCCUGGUAGUCUCAAGUCUUAAUAAUGAUUUCAUUUUAGCCCCUUUAGUGACAUCAUAAUAAUGAACUCAGGGUGGCUCAGUUAUGUGCAAUUGUCUGUUUUUCUUCUUUUUUGGAGGCUUCUUUAAUCUGUCACGUUUUUAUCUCCCCCUCUAUGUUGGUCUGCUCAUCCUUUUGCCAGAAUGUCCCCCAAACCCCCUCUCCUCCCGCUCCAGCGAGGAUAUCCUGUCCUCCUCUAGCUGGGCGAUGUUGAGUCAGGGCUGGGGAGGUGGGUGUGUGGAAGGAUUUUAACUGUGAGGCUCAUGUCUCUACCAGUACAGUGGUCAUUGAGGAACACACAUAGCCAGUGCAGCCAGGACUUUGAUCUUGCUCAGCUGCAGUGGAUCCUACAGGUGCACAGCUCUGCUCUCUUGCUCCUGAUCUUGUCCUCUCAUCACUGCUCAAGGUCAUGGAUGAACACCCCAGCUCUGCCUCAAACGACAACAACUACACAGACUCUGCCUGGUUCAUCCAUGAGUGCCAUGUGGACCUGGACAACACCUCGAGGCGCGUGGCGCUCUUCCUGCUCUACCUGCUGUUCUUCAUGGCUGGCCUCACGCUCAAUGCCCUGGUGGUGUGGGUCAACUGGCACCGGCGCAGCAGCCGCAACGGCGUGCUCUUCUGCAUACUCAACGUGGGCGUGUCGGACUUACUGAUGACAGUGAUGGUGCCCUUCUUUAUGCUGGAGGCGAUGAUGGAGUACGUGUGGGUGUGGGGAUACCUUCUGUGCCGCUUCACCAACCUUGUCUAUGACAUCAACUUCUACAGCAGCUCCUUCUUCCUGGCCUACAUGACGGUGGAGCGCUACCUGGCCGUGGUGCGCACCGGGCCCCGACCCUGGGGCCCCAAGCAGGCCAGGCUCAGAUGCCUUCUCUGUGGGUUCCUCUGGGUACUGUCUGUGGUUCUGGGCCUGCUGGAGAAUGCCCAUGUGACACUGCUGGAGUGGGACGAGCCAGGCUGCUACAGCUACCCAGAGCACAACUUUAUAGACUGGAACACCGCCCACACCUUCCUCUACCUUAUCUUCCAGUUCCUGGGCCCGGCAGCCAUCAUUGUGACCUUUAACCUGCUGACCCUGCGGGCGGUGCGGGCCAGACCUGAGGGGGCGGUGCGGGGGAAGGAGCUGUGGCUGGUUCAUCUGUAUUCCCUGGUGUUUGUGCUGUGCUGGCUACCCUUACACAUUGUCUUAAUGCUGCUGGUAGUGGAUGAGCUGAACCCAAGGGUACUGAGUUGCCAGACGGUGGAGAAGAUCUACUUCUCCUAUUUCGUGGUCAAGGCUCUGUCCCUGUUCCACUGUGUGGCCAACCCCAUCCUCUACAACUUCCUCAGCAGAAGUUUCCGCGGAAACCUCAUCGCCGACCUGACUCGCCACCUGCCCAGAGACGCUGUCGCCAGGGGAAGGGACGAGAAUCAUGGCAACCGUGUGGGUAAUGGAAGGGCAGCGGCCAAUGAGAAGGCAAAGGAGUUGAGUAACGCCAGCACCAGCCAAUCGGAUGUGGAGUCUUAAAGAGAGGGACCAUUGUAGAGGGGGAACAAAAACUCAUCAAGCAUGGCAAAGGGACAUUCUACCGCAUGUCUCCCGCAAUAGUGGAUGUUUUAUUGUCACAUACACCAGAUAUGUGCAGUAAUAUAUAAUAAUAUUAUAUGCCAUUUAGCAGACACUUUUAUUCAGUCAUACACGCAUACAUUUUACAUACGGGUGGUCCCAGGAAUCGAACCCAAUACCCUUGCAUUACAAGUGCCAUACAUACCAACAGAGCUACAAAGGACCGCAGUGAUUUGUGUUGUUUUACAGGGUCAGCCAUAGUAGUACGACGCCCCUGGAGCAAAUUAGGGUUAAGUUCCUGUGGUUGAGUGGAGCUGAAGGAUGGGACUACAAAACAAACUAAAUAUAACUAUUGUAGAAUGUAUGUACAGUAUGUAUAGUAUGUACAGUAUGUAUAAGCUGGAUGUAGAAGUCUAAAUGUUGUUUUCCAUUAGUUUAUUCCAAUUAGGGGAGGUAGGGGAUAUAUAUAUUUGUUUAAAUGCAUCUAUUUUAUGUAUUUUUAAAAAAUGGAGUAUUGGAAAUGCAGACAAUUACAUUGAUGGAAGCUACAAUCCAUCUGCAAUACUAAAGCUACCCCCUUCGGCUCUGGUAUUUAAACAAGCAACCUUUGUUACUGUCCCAACGCUCUAACCGCUAGGCUACCUUCCACCCUAGCUAGCGGUUGCGUCCUUUUCCUCUGCCACACACACUUCCUGUUUCUCGUUUCCUUAAUGAAGGGCAGGAAGGGAAUAUCUUCCAUGUUUUAUGUCCAUAAACACUGAUUGAAAUUAUUAUUAUUUUUUUAACCUUUAUUUAACCAGGCAAGUCAGUUAAGAACACAUUCUUAUUUUCAAUGACGGCCUAGGAACAGUGGGUUAACUGCCUGUUCAGGGGCAGAAUGGCAGAUUUGUACCUUGUCAGCUCAGGGGUUUGAACUCGCAACCUUCCGGUUACUAGUCCAACGCUCUAACCACUAGGCUACCCUGCCGCCCCCAUGCAGAGAUGGUUUUAAGCACAGAUCAAGAAAGUGGUAACUAAUUCAAAACGUGUCAAGUUUGGUUAGAUUAAUAAUAAUUGACAGCUUAUUUUGACAGUCUCACUCAAUGCUUUUUUGAUAGAUCACUUUUUUCCUUUACAUGUUUGGUUGUAAUAUCUUAUCCGACUGCUAUAAUCUGUUCAAAAACACUGUGUUGAACAAGCUACUGAACAUAUGUGAUAAACCAGCUUCAGGAUGUGGAUAUAUAAAAUACCAAUUGUCUUCUU